UAGGACCACAUUUUCAAGCGUGCAUGAAUUUGGCGGAUGUUUCAGAAGAAACUUCAGAAAAUGUUCGAGAAUGAGAGCCAAUGUCGUUAAUUCAAACCAGACUUCAGUUAUCAGGAUAAUUGCGCAUGCCUGUCCUACUUCAUAAGGGGGAAGCGUCGAUCACCGAAACCAUGAAUUUCUAACAGUACAAUGGCUACUAAACUCAAAGAAAGAGCCUAUUUUUUCUCAGCUGGCGAGCAGGAGAUGAUCAUGAACGCGUAUGAGGUAUUCAAGACCAUGAUCAUGACAAAAUCUGACACCGCCACCGCUGCGAGGGCUAGACAAGAAGCAUGGCAAAAUAUCGCAGACAAGUUAAAUGCGUAAGUGUUGGGAAGAUGCAUAGGCUAAGUGCCUAAUCACCCCAAUCAAUCAGAUUAUAUUUCUUUAAAUGUUUCCUGCUGGCGGUAGGUUUAAUGGCAUGCAUCAUCGAAUGAGAUCUUGCUAGCGAAAAUAAUUAUCACAACUCUUUAAGAAUAAGUAGAUAAAAACAAGCCCAAUGUCACUCCGGCCACACCCCUUCAGCUCACUACCUCUCCCAGCUGCACGCUCAUCAGCUGCAUUCAGGUCCCCAAUCACACAAGCACAUACACCUGUUCCACUCUCCACCCUCACAGUCACCAGAGUACUGAUCACUCACACCUGCAUCCUCACUCACCUGCACCACGUUUGCACUCACCUGGUUCCUAAUCACCCACACCUGUCACAGCCCCUACAUAUACCUCACACUCCCUUCACGCGGUGUCUGGUAUCGCACUUCAACGGAUUAGACUUGACUUACUUUCGCUCCUGUCAUAGUUUGUACCUGUUACGUUCUUAGCCUCAGUUUCUGUAUUAGUCUUGUUUCGUUUGUGCCUUGCCGAGUGUGACUCGUGUUUUGUUUGCUGCAACAGCGUUUAAGUUAUAGUUUAGUUAGCUCAGAGGUUUCCUCUGCUUAGUUCCUUUCUGCGCUCAGAAGCUACGAGCAGGGCUACGAGCCUGCGCCCCUCCGUAGGGUGUGUCUGUAAUCUCGAGGAUAACCUCCCUCAGCAUCUACGUGUCCACGACUACAGCUCCCGCUACUCCUCCCGCUUCCGUGGCUCUUCCGGCCACAAAUACAGUCCCCGCAGCUGCCGCUGCUAAUGCUCCCACAGCUUCCACAGUCACUAACUCCACUGGUGACCCAGCACCCACAGCUCCCACUGCCGGCCCAGGACCCGCAGCUGCCGCUGCCGACCCAGCACCCCCAGCGGUCCUUGCUGACCUUGCAACUCCAGCGGCCUUUUGUGACGACACUGCCACCCCAGCGGCCUUUGCUGACACUGCAGCCCCAGCCGCCGCUGCCCCUGCAGCCCCAGCCGCAGCUGACCCUGCAGACCCGGCCGUCGCCGACCCUGCAGACCCGGCAGACCCAGACACAGCCUUCGCUGACACUGCAGACACAGCCGCCACAGACCCCACCGCCCCGGCCGUCGCCGACCCCGCAGACCCGGCCGUCGCCGACCCCACAGACCCGGCCAUCGCCGACCCCGCAGACCCGGCAGACUCGGGCACCCCCGCCCCUGCAGUCCCAGGCACCCCCGUCCCUGCAGUCCCAGGCACCCCCAGGCACCCCCGUCCCUGCAGUCCCAGUCACCCCAGGCAUCCCUGUCCCAGGUGACCUAGUCCCAGGUGUCUCAGGUGUCCCGGUCCCAGGUGUCUCAGGUGUCCCGGGCCCAGGUAUCACAGGUGUCCCCGGCCCAGGUAUCACAGGUGUCCCCGGCCCAGGUGUCCCUAGUUUCCUGAUCCCAGGUAUCCCAGGUGUUCCUGUCCCCGCUGUUCCUGGCCCAGUUCCCUUUGAUGUCUGGUGCCUUCCAGUUCCCAACCUCCCUGCGCCGUUAGUUCCUUUGCCGCUUCUGGCUCAAGCAACAGCAGCACCCUCUGCCGACCCGAACCCCCCAGCAUCCGUUCCCGACGCUGAUCCAGCAGUUGGCACGAAUAACACCGCCAAGGGGGACGAGGUUCGUAUGGACGGCACCUCCGACAGCGACGAGGCUCGCGCUGAGGACGUCGCGAAGGGCAAAGCCAAGGAGGCUUCCACCACGAUUACCCCAGCUACGGGUGCUGCAACCUCGGCCUCAUCCCGUCGACGUCGUCCGAGGCUGGGUAAAGGAGAUUGGUUGUGGUCACCUCGCUCCUGACAGAGCUCUCAAUCAUCCGCCAGAUCUUUGGCCUCUUGCUGGCCGUCCACCCGGCUGGCCACCAGACACUCCGCCCCCGGUCGGCUGUCCAACCGGCUGCCCACCAGACAUUUCACCCCUGAUCGGCUGUCCACCAGGCACUACGUCCCUGUUCGGCCGUCCACCAGACUUUCCGCUCCGAUUCGGCCCCGGCUGGACUGCCCGCCUUGCCCUUGACCCCUCCACCCACCCUGUGGGGAAGUUUAUUUUUUAAUUUUUUGAUGUUAAGGGCCGUCUGG